GAGAGUGUGUGGGACCACUGUGGUGGGAACGUUCGACGUACUUAUCCAAGCCAGCUAGCUAGUCGUAUACUUGUACCGUCGUAUGUACUAGUGCCGACGGGUACAUACAGUCAGAACUGUCGGUAUACUACUACGUCCAAGGGUUCCGAACGGGGACUCCGGCAUGAGGGAUGGACGAGGACGAUAAGGACAAGAACGUCGACACCAACCUUGACGGCGGCUGCAGCAGGAACAAGAAGAGCAUACAUACAUCCACCCGACUCUAUUGGGGGACGACUCGUUCUUUGUACGUGUACUACAUAGUGGGAUUUCAUGUUGCCCUGGUCGAGGACUGCGAGACUCUCAGCGAGAGGGGCAAUAACAACGAAGAGGACGGCGGAGGAGAAGCAGACCCUAAAGCUGAUACUGGCGAAAGAGGGAAGGCGGUAGCUUGAAUUCUUUCCUCCGUCCGUUGGUGGCCACGGCUUGGCCUUUAUUUUUGUCUUUGGAUUAUUUACGUUCCCUCUGAGGAAGAAAAGGUGUUCUCGCUCCUCCUGAAUCAGAUCGGACUUAAAGAAGAGUAGAAACAAAAGAAACGAUCAAAGCAGGGGUGGAGGGAAAUGUUUGGAAACACGACGGAAUGAAUAAGACUGAAAGCGAUUGUAUUAGAGUGAUCAUCAUGGACGGGCGGAGGAGUUCUCCAAGGUCUGUGAGAGCUCGCCUGUCCUUACCCUGAUAGGCCUCAUUAUGGUCAGUGAUUCACAACAGGAACACCGAGGUAGGUUUCCAAGUAGAACGGAUCGGGAGGACGAGGACGAGAACGAAGCACAUGGGCACGACCACAACGAGGACGACGAGGACAAGGAGGCAGAAGAAGGAGAGGCACAAGACGUAGGUGCCGAGACACCUAAAGCUGGACCACGAGAUGAAGCCGUCGCCAAGGAUCACAUCCUUCGGCCUCCUUACUCUAGCCUCCGAGAACAGACUACGACGAUCGCCAGGACUCGACAACGUGGUGUGGGUGGUGUGGGUGCGGGUGUUCGUCUCGAGGGUGAAAGGAUAACGAGUCAGUCGCUGCCAUCCAGCACCACACACACACCACGGAGAAAAGGCCAGCAUCUGACAGGUGCCAAGAAAGACUCUGCCAGCCAGACCAACCAUGAUCGAGCCCUAAGUGAGGCCUCCUAUCAACCACGAGGACGAGGUGGCGCUAUGGGCGGGGCUGACAGUGGUAGUGAGUGGCCGUUUGGCCCUGAAGACGAUUACGUGCACGGUUACAGUGAAGACGAGGGUGACGAGAACCACCUGGACAUGCGCAUGUCCAGAUUCUCCCAACCCGGGCACCCUCACAAUCAUGGUCGAUCGAAAUCCAUGAUGCGAUACAACGAAAUCGAGAGGGAACGCUCCAAAAGGAGACAGCACAUCUUGAAACAGAAAACUGGAUCCAAAUUUUUCCCUGGUACUUUCAAACUCUCCCUUAUGAACUCGGGAGUCAUUCCGUUAAAAAAAGCCGAGAAAGACCGGAUGACCAUCGAAUUUUACGAGAAGCCCAUUGCCGUUGUGGACUUUGAAAUCCAUUGUGCCAAGAGGCGAAAGUAUCCUGUUCUCCUCCAAAUUGAAUACAACAGCGCCAUCAAAGAGAGAGAGAACCAUGCUGCCCGAGUGGGAAAUCGAAGAUCCAACCACGAACGAAAUCAAAAUCCCAAGAUUUUUCCAUAUGAUUACAAUCGAGUGGUUCUAGAGGCCUAUGACGGGGAAUGUGAUUACAUCAAUGCCUCCUACGUGGAUAGUCUCAUACAACCCCGAGCUUACAUCGUUACCCAAGGUCCAACCGAGACCACAAUAGGCGAUUUCUGGCGGAUGGUGUGGCAAGAGCGAGCCUCUUGCAUUGUGAUGGUCACCAGGACAUUCGACUUCAUUAGGGUGAUGUGUGUUCAGUAUUGGCCUGCCGGCAAACACCGCGAGGAGGUGUACUGCGGAGUGGGCGUGACCGUUGAGAACGAGGAACAAUUAGCCAAUUUCAUGAUUAGGACUCUCAAAUUGAGAUGGAAUGGUGAAAUGCGAAAGAUCAUCUUGUUCCAUUACACCGAAUGGCCUUGUCAUUCGAACCCAUUUUCCAAUGCCUUACUCGAAUUUCGACGCAGAGUGCGAAAUGUCAUGAACAAUCAUCCAGAGCGCCAAGACGGCCCAGUCAUCGUUCAUUGCAACGAUGGAGCGGGACGAUCAGGCGUCUACAUAACCAUUGAUGCGAAUAUUGAGCUCUCGGAAGAGGACGGUGUCUUCGAUGUGUAUGGCUAUUUGAAGAAGAUCCGCCAACAAAGGCGAGGUCUCGUUGAAUCAUUGGAUCAGUACAAGUUCGUUUACGACACGUUGGAAGAAUUUGUGCGUUGCGGAUACACAUUCUUCCCCGUCAAAGAGAUUUCGCCACGUUUGCGCGAAAAGUCCGUGAAAAGAGAGACAUCUCACGGACGGACCAAUUGUUACGAACGAGAGUACAUGCUGAUAACGAAUCAAACGCCACGGUUUUCGAUCGGGGACUGCGCUGCCGGACACCGAGCCGAUAACCGGGACAAGAACAGAAACGUCCUCAUCGUGCCCCCCGACAACUUCCGACCGUAUAUCACAUCUUUCCAAGGCAACAACUGCACGGACUACAUCAAUGCGGUAUUUGUUGAUGGUUACACCCAUCCCCGCGAGUACAUCGUUACCGAAUGGCCGCUCUCUAAUACUUGCUCGGACAUCUGGUCUCUGGUGUAUGAUCAUGACUGCUCUUCAUUGGUGGUUUUGUGCAAUCCAACAUCUGCAGGUUUUCCAUCCUUUUGGCCUGAGAACACAAGAUCCAAAAAAUAUGGUCAAGUGUUCACAGUGGAACACGUGUCGCACUUGCACACCCAGAAUAUCCGCAGUUGGGUAUUUAGGAUCAAUAAAAAGAUUGUGUCCCUGACCGAGCUUAUGGCCGGUGUCAAGGCUCCUUCCAAGACGUGCCAACUCUUCCAACUGAUGUGCUGGCCACAAGGCCAUAAGGUGCCCACUUCCACGAACGCGUUGGUGGAGCUGAUGAAUAUGGUUGAAAAAUGGCGACAGAAAACGGACUACGGACCAGUGGUGGUCAUCUCUCAGGAUGGUCAAUCCCGAGCGGGUGUCUAUUGUGCUGCCAAUGCUUGCAUUGAGCAGGUCAUUCAGCACGGGGAAGUGGAUGUUUUUCAGGCCGUUAAGACCGUUCGGCGGCAUCGCCCGCAAUUGGUGGAGAACAUUACCGAGUACAAAUACUGCUACGACUUGGUGCUUCAUUAUGUUCUCCAUUAUUUGAAUAAAGACGAAGCUUUUGGCGAAUGACAUAGCACAAAGAAAUGUCGAUGACUUCUGCGGACCACAAAGCAAUGGAUAUUCCUCUUUUUCAAUGCUGUUUUUUGGCCUUACUUUUCAAAUACAAUGUUUGUUAUUUGUGAA